GUCAACGACAAUUUUUCAACUCUGGGCUCGUGUUUUGAAUUUUUUUCCUCAAAAUUCCUUGAAUUAUGGAAGAAAUUCUCAAGUUUCAAAAGCCUGAAGAGCUUGAAUUCCUGAGGAAACGAUCUGUAGAAGCUCUUGUUGACUUGUGCAAAUUGGCCUUUGAUUACAUCAAAAACGGCUCUAAUGUAGAAAAAUAUGAGAUUUUUGCAUCAAAUACAGGCCAAACUUCCGAAUUUAUCCAAAAAAUCGUCGAAAUCUUGUUAGAAUUUCUCAUUGACGCCGUCAAAUUCAACUAUAACGACUCCCAUUUCCAAAGUCUCGCUACCGAUGCCGGCUUAUAUGACGACCAGAUCUCAGUUUUGUCUCAAUUUGUCGCCAGCAAGAAAGAAACAAUCGAAAAUCUGUUAAAGCAGAAUCAGAAUUUGGAAUUGAGGUAUCGACAUCUUGAUUGGAGAUUAGAAGCGAGAAUUGCAUCACGAACGCUACAUUCCCAAGCUGUACCUCUAAUAACGAUGAAAUUGCAUCUCGAUUCCGAAACAUAUCCAGAUAAAUUGCAAGUUUUGAGUGAUACGGACACAGAAAACACGACAAAACGUGAAGUGAUACUCCAAACAGAUCCAAAUAGUUUAGUUCACAUCAUAGAUCAGCUCGAACAAGCGUUGCAAGAAUCCAAAUCGCAUCGUACGAGGAAUUUUAUUAAGGCCUUCAAGCAAUAAUUUGGACUGAAAUUGAAUUAAAAGUUAAAAAAAAAAUAAUU